CCCAGGAUCGAGAAGCACGUUAUUCCUUGCGUCCGCCGUUCCCCUCUGUCAUCUCGCCAGCGUUGAAAAACACGAUCGUCGGCCGUCUGGUUGACAAACUCAGUCCCGUUAAGCUUGAGGAGUUCGUAUGCUGUGUGUGUGACGAACUGGUGUUAUGCACUGAAGUCAAUAUCCAUCCGUCUUCUGAGACAGACAUCAUCGACCGUAUGCGUGCAGUUUUAUAUAAUCCUGAUUCAUCGUUAUAUCCAGAUCUUGUGCAGCAUUAUAGCUGCGAAGAUUUGUCUCCGGUUUUCUUGGGCAUCAUGUUGUCGCGAAAUGGCAUUGUGCAGCUCGCCGACGGCAGUGUCCAUUUCAACAUAUGCGACGCCUGCGAGCAACCGCUUUUUUGUUCACGCUGCCGGCCUCGCCUCCCGAAAUUCGCAAUCGCCAAUCAUUUUUUUGUCGGCGCGCUGCCUCCCGCUUUGCAGAGCGCGACCUGGGCAGAGCUUCUUAUGACAAGCCUGACAAAUAUCCUCGCCCAGACGAGAGUGAUGCGCGGUGGGUGGCAUCGUUCGAUACUUUCCCAUCUGCUCGUUUUCGACUUGGUGCCCGGGCCGACAGCCACUUUGCUUCCCAGGUCGAUAACAAAAGAUACGUUCUAUCGCAUUAUCUUGGCAGGACCGUUUACAGAUGGUCAGGUGGCACGUAUUAAGAAGCUACAUCGCGUCAGACAUUCGAUGGUGGAAAACCUGCUCAACUUUUACACGACGUUUAAUGUCCUUUACUCUGAUGUAAAACAUGAUGACGAAGUUCUUGACAGCAUUCCGCGCGAUGAUCCCGCGUUUGUGCCGACGCUUGUCAUCCGAGACCUGUCGAAUGAUCACGCCGAUGCAAAGUUGUUGGGCCAUGAACAGGAUGGUCUUAACGCCCCUCCGGGCACAACCACCAAGACAACUUACAUUGAAAAGUCUGUGAUUUUUUCGCACGCCACUGCGCCACUGGAUCCGAUUGUCGAACAGCGUGUGGUCGAACUCUUGAAGGCUGGACGAGCCAACGACCCGGUUUUCAUGCUCCACACUUCGUCAAAAUUCGCCAACCUUUUUAAGCCGACGCUAGAAGCCAAAAUGUUCCCGCAUCUGUUCCCAUAUGGACGCGGGCAUCCCGGCGAAGAAGGACGAAGAGUCACCACUUUGCGCCAGCUCUGCGCGAGGCAUUAUUGUCUGCUGAGCUCCAGGCGCUUUGAGCAGGAUCUGUAUUAUUGCAUGGCCGCCUUCGACCAUCUUCCGCUAAAUCGUGGAUACAUGUUCUCGCACCUCACGUGCAGAAUGCAACCCCAUUUGCAUCAAUAUAUCGCCGGAGUCACGACCGAAAUGCUGAGCAGAGGUUUGGAAAACACCCGUCGACGAACAGCCGGCUUAAAAACGCCCGAUACGGAUCCGGCGGUCACAGAUCUGCUUCGUCAUGUUGAAUGCGCUUCAGCGUAUGUUUGGGGCAGCAACGCAGAGCGACGUGCACGCCGUCAAGAAGCAUUCGCCACCUGCGACCGUUUCGGUCAGCCGACGAUUUUCGAUACGUUGACCCCGAACACUGACACCUCGUUCGCGCUUGCAUCGUACGUUGGUCUUCUCGACGUGGAAGCAUUCUGCGCGGUGUUGAUCGAUAACCCUUACGUCGAGACAGAAGAUCUCAAGCGUUUAUCCAUGGCCGACAAUAUUGCUUCGGCGCGGCUUUUUGAUCGGCUGAUGUCCAUAUUUUUUAACAAAGUGUUGGGAUUCGACCGCACGACUCAGCAAAGUGUACCCGGGGGCGGACUCUUCGGGCCCGUGCGGGCAUAUUUUGGAACGGUGGAAACGCAGGGCCGCGGCACAUUGCAUUUGCACUGCCUCGUCUGGCUUGAAAACACGCCGCCCACAACUCGUGAUUUCGAUAAUUUGCUGGAAGCAGAUGCGUCGCUCGCUGAUCGCGUUACGGAAUACGUGGACAACAUUGUUUUUGCAUCUGCAUCCCAAGAUGUUUCUCGGCUGCCUUUUUCCAUCGCCGGGGUGACAUUCCAUAGCUGGUUCGUGAUGCACAACCUCAAAGCUGAUUACUGUUUCGAACGUCGCCAGGCGCAGCUGAAAGGCAUACCCGGCUUCACGCCAGAACUAGAUUUACUCAUCAUCGAUGAGUUCAACAUGACGGACAAAGAUGCAUUCCUUCGACUUGACCAAGCUCUGCGCGCAGCCAGAAAGCUGGAUAUCCCCUUCGGUCGUGUGCAUAUCUUGCCUACGGGAGACUUCUUCCAGCUUCCCCCUGUUAACAACACGCCGGUGUAUUCUGAUCCUUCAUUGGAUAAGGCAGACACGACCGCCGACCACGAAGCAUUCAAGCUUUGGCGUCUCUUCGACACGGUUGUUGUUCUAACCGAGACCGUUCGGUUUAGAUCAGACCCCGAAUGGGGCCGCCACUGUAAAAACGCCAGGCGGGGCAUAUGGGAAAACGAUUUUAUAGAUAUCAUCAACAGUAGACUUUUGGAAAACAUCAACCCCGACCUGCGCCGGAAUUUUGUCAAUCCAAAAGGUGGCCAUUUCCCUGUUUUCGUUGUCCCGGAUAACGACAAUCGUACACAGCUACUGCAUUCGUUUACGCGCACGUUGUGUGCACUGCUGCCUUGUGAUCAUCAACCUGUUCGCAUCGUGGCAGACUUCGGCGCAAAAUUCAAAAAUAGAAAACCGCAUGAUAUACAAUUCAUAAUGUCAUUGCCGGACAACAAACUCAGACGAUUCGCUGCGUUCCUUGACCGUCUACCCGGGAUGUCGGUUUUAUUCACCCAGAACGUAGAUCCCGCUCGAGGCAUCGCAAAUAGAACCUACGGUGUUCUGUACUCUUUAUGGUUCCCUGAACAUACGACGUUUGCACUGUUCCAUGACACGAAUGCAAACAUUCGCGUGCUGCUUCCUAGCUCCCCGCCGGACCUCGCUCUUGUGCGCGUCCCCCAUCGUUCCGCAUUCGAACAGCUCCCUGCUGCGCUUUCUGUCGCCCUGCCUUCGGAUGUUUACCCGACGUUCAGACAACAGCCAUACGGCUUUGCGAAGGUCGACCUCCCGACCGGUGCAGGAAUGCCCCAGAGAACAUGCCACGUGCGACCUCUCCAAUUUCCAUUUGUGUCUGAUGUCGCUUCGAACGUCUACAGGAUCCAAGGAGAGACAUUGACAUCUCUCGUUGUCGUCGAGUGGAAAGCGCGCCCCAAUGCUGGCCACAAACGAAAACACAACGUCCCGCAACAGGGUUAAAUCAUUGUCUCCCGUGUUGUCAACCGUUCUGCUUUGGUAAUUUUAAAGCCAUUCACAAAGGACCUCGCAACCUUUUUCCAG